AUGUCAUUCCUCGGUGGCGCAGAAUGUUCAACCGCGGGGAACCCCCUCACCCAAUUCACCAAGCACGUCCAAGAUGACAAGUCACUACAGCGCGACCGCCUGGUCGGCCGCGGACCAGGCAUGCAAGAAGGCAUGCGCUCACACAACAUGAUGGGCGGACAAGACCAGAUGAUGGACGAAUUCAUGCAACAACCAGGACAACAGCUUAAUGGACCCUCACCACAGCCCUUUGCGAUGGAGCACAUGCGUCGCGAGCUGGAUAAUUUCCAGACUGCGCCGGCACGCACGGGGUCGCCUGGGUGGGCGGGGGAGUUCGACUCGGGUGAGCAGGCGCGCAUGGAGGCCGCCUUCCCUGGCCAGAUGAAUAAUGCCUCCGGUUUUAGCCCUGCGGAGUUUGCUCAUUUUCAGCAGCAGAGCCGGAUGGGUAUGCCGCAGACGUCUAGCCCCGCUGCUGUGACUGCCUCGCCGAUGAUGUCUGGGUACCAGCGGCCGAUGGCGAUGGGCGGUGGGUAUAUGGGUGGUAUGGGCGGCAUGGGGAUGAUGAGGCCCAUGAUGGGUGGGCAGAUGGGGAUGCAGCAGGGUCCUAUGGAUGCGCAGACACAGGAUAAGGGCAAGGGGCGAAUGGUGGAGCUUGACGAUGAGAAUUGGGAGGCUCAGUUCGCGGAGAUGGAGACUGCGACUGUCGGGAACGAGGCCAAGACGGAUGCGGAGGCUAAUGCGGCCAUAGAGGCGGAACUGAAUGAUUUGGACAGGUCAGUGCCCUCCAAUGAUGCCUUUGAGUCUGUAUGGCAGCGGAUUCAGGCUGAGACCACGACGAGCAGGAAACUGGCCGAGGAAGAUAACUUCGAGGUCACCGAUAAUGUGCAUGUUGGUGAUUUGGGCGACUGGGAUGGCUUCGACAGUCUUAAUUCGCGCUUCCGGGAUCCCCAGCUCGGCGACUACAUGUUCGAGGAAGAUAACGUCUACCAGGCUGUGGGCAAUCCCUUCGAAGAGGGAAUGAAGAUCAUGCGCGAGGGUGGUAACUUGUCGCUAGCAGCACUGGCUUUCGAGGCUGCUGUCCAAAAGGACCCGCAGCACGUACAAGCUUGGACGAUGCUGGGUUCUGCGCAGGCGCAGAACGAAAAGGAGCUACCCGCUAUCCGUGCAUUGGAACAAGCGCUGAAGGUCAGCCCCGGUAACACCGAUGCACUAAUGGGCCUAGCAGUCUCAUACACGAACGAAGGCUAUGACUCAACCGCCUACCGCACCCUCGAACGCUGGCUCUCCAACAAAUACCCCACAAUCAUCGACCCGAAGGAAGUAUCCGGCGACGCCGAUCUCGGCUUCACAGACCGCCAGCUCCUCCACGACCGCGUAACAGAACUCUUCAUCCAAGCCGCCCAGCUCUCCCCCUCAGGCGCCCAGAUGGACCCAGACGUACAAGUCGGCCUCGGCGUGCUCUUCUACUGCGCCGAGGAAUACGAAAAGGCCGUCGACUGCUUCUCCGCAGCCCUCGCAUCCACAGAAUCCGGCAGCACAAACCAACAAGAACAACUCCACCUCCUCUGGAACCGACUCGGCGCCACCCUCGCCAACUCGGGCCGCUCCGAGGAAGCCAUCGAAGCCUACGAACAAGCCCUCACCAUCAACCCCAACUUCGUCCGCGCCCGCUACAACCUCGGCGUCUCCUGCAUCAAUAUCGGCUGCUUCCCCGAAGCCGCACAGCACCUGCUCGGUGCUUUAUCCAUGCACCGCGUCGUGGAGCAGGAGGGUCGCGAGCGUGCACGGGAGAUCAUCAACGACGGAGCUAUCCCGGAUGGUCUGGAUGACGAGCGUCUCGAGCGUAUGCUGCACAUCAGCCAGAACCAGAGCACGAAUCUGUAUGAUACGCUGCGUCGUGUAUUCAGCCAGAUGGGUCGUCGGGACUUGGCUGACCAGGUUGUCGCCGGUAUGGAUGUGAACAUCUUCCGCAAGGAAUUCGAAUUCUAG